AUGUCGUCAGCAAAUGUGCUACUGAGUCUGCAAUUGCGACAGGCGCAACAGCCGGAAACACACUAUAAACAUACGCAGAGUCGUUCUCACAGUCGUGAGUUGCUCACUAAACUCGCAGAACUUCGUGACGAAUCUCAACUUUGUGAUGUGACGCUGAACGCCAAGGGCACACGUAUAAACGCUCAUCGAAAUGUACUCGCGGCGUCUUCGAAUUAUUUCCGAGCAAUGUUCACGAUUGACAUGGCCGAAAAGCAUCUGCGUAUGUUAUACAGUGACCACGAUGCUGCUGGUGACGUGUGCGGUUUGAACACGGAGCAUAGAGAGCAUUGUCGGGACAGAAGAAUUUUUAUCCAGCUUUCGUUCAAGUUAUUCGUUGAAAUAAUUUCGAGUGAGGAGCUUAUGGUACAAUCGGAAGAGGAGGUUUACGCUGCAGCGCUCAAAUGGACGAAAUUCGACUUACCUGCUCGGGAGAAAUUACUGCCAAAGCUUUUGGAGCAUGUACGACUCCCGCUUUGUCCCCCGAAAUUUCUCGUCAAUACAGUCAGCAAGGAUUCGUUGGUGAUGGCUGACGCUGCGUGCCGAGAACUCGUUGACGAAGCGAAGAAUUGCCUACUUCUACAGUUACCUGCACCUGGACGACCAAGCAUGCAGGGACCCCGUACUCGACCGCGGAAACCAUUCAAAUUUCCUGAAGUACUAUAUCUAGGUACGAUGAAGCCAAUAUUCAGCCAGUAUUAUCCACUCAUAACUCUGGUCACAGUGCCGUUCAAAUCCGGUUGUUUGGGCACAAAUGAAAGCUGGGGGAAGGAAAUCUUAGUUCUGAGCAGUACUCCAAUGGACGCCCACGGUGGUCAACUGGAACUGAAGGAAAAGAAAAUAUGGUGGCAGGAACAUUUGAUAAAAGUUGUGAUGCUCACA